UAUAGGUUAAAGAAGGAUUUAGAGGGAUAACGGGGAUGUGAAGAAAUGAGGAUAGGGGAUAUAUAGACCGAAAAGAUGCAGAAAACUAGUUUUGAGUUAUGAGAAUAUUCAAUUUUGGAUAAUCUUUUGCAUUUAAUUGAUAAAUAAUUAUUUAAAAUAAAGGAAGACAACUAUCAUAAUAAUGCAACAAUACAAGGAGCUAAUAUAUAUUCAAAAGGCAAACCAAUCCAAAUUACAAUUAAAAUGCAAAAUAUUAUUAAAAAGGAAGAAAACAUUGAAUUUUACAAUAUUUAUAUAAACGGCAAAGAAUGCCACAGCUAUAUAGGAGGAUUUCCUUUUUGGUCAACAAAUUGGAUACAGGUAAAAGGAGAUGCAGUUCUUCUAGAAGAGCCAUUCAUCACAUCCCCUAAAUUACAAUUAAAUGAAACCGAGAAAAUCUACAAAUAUGAAUUGGACCAAUUGCCUUUUAUUGGUUCCACAUUCUGUCUUGAGGGUACUUUGCCUAAAUCAAGCGAUGUUGAAGGAAUAGAGAAACUUGAAAUAAAUCUGAUGCAUGAAAGUAAUGAUGAUUCAAAAAGUUUUGGCGAUACUUUAUUAAAAAUGGAAUUCCAAUUCUCGACUGGGCACGAAGAAUCAUGGCUUAAAAUAUCUAGCAGGCUACAUAAUGGUGAUUAUAAAAAUGAAAAAAAAUAUGCAAACCCAAUUGGCUUGUCGGGUGUUGAAUUAACUGUACGGAUAGCUAUUGAAGAAUCUUACUUCAAGAUCGGAUUUAAUGAAGGCAAAACUUUUAUUAAAUAUAAUUAUGUAGCUCCUCCCUGGAUGGUUAAUUGGAUUAUGGCAAGAGGAAAUAUAAAUAAUGUUAAAUUCGGCAAUGAUGCAAAAAGAUGUUCUAAAUAUAUUUCUAAAUCACUUCCGCCACACAUAACAAAAAUUGAAAAUUUAAAAGAAGGGAAACAUAUUAGCGUGAAGGGGAAAGUUACAAAAUUGGAUGAAAAUAUUUUAAUUAAUUUUUAUUAUGGAGCACUCGGAUGGGAUGAAAAUAGUAAAAAAUAA